ACGGGUAUGACGCCGCUCAUGUACGCGGUCAAAGAUAACCGGACAUCGUUUGUGGAGCGCCUCAUCGAACUGGGUUCUGACGUUGGAGCCAGAAACAAUGACAACUACAAUGUACUCCACAUCUCAGCUAUGUACUCGAGGGAAGAUAUUGUCAAGCUACUACUCUCGAAAAGGGGAGUCGAUCCUUUUGCCACCGGCGGGAGUCGACAGCAGACAGCAGUCCACAUAGUGGCGAGCAGGCAAACAGGAACGGCCACGAGCAUACUUAGAGCACUCCUGACUGCCGCCGGAAAAGAUAUACGCCUACGAGCUGAUGGAAGAGGCAAGGUCCCGCUGCUGCUCGCGGUGGAGGCCGGGAACCAGAGCAUGGUCCGAGAGCUGCUAAGCGCACAAACGGCUGAACAACUGAAGGCGACGACCCCUGCCGGAGACACCGCUCUGCAUCUAGCUGCCAGAAGGAGGGACGUAGACAUGGCCAGGAUCUUAGUGGACUACGGAGCAGUAGUCGAUGCUACGAAUGGCGCUGGACAAACACCUUUACAUAUAGCCGCAGCUGAAGGCGAUGAGCCCUUAGUAAAGUACUUCUACGGAGUCAGGGCUAACGCUGCGAUUGCUGAUAAUGAGGAUCGAACUCCAAUGCAUUUAGCAGCGGAGAAUGGUCAUGCUGCCAUCAUUGAACUACUGGCGGACAAGUUUAAGGCUUCGAUCUUCGAGAGGACCAAGGACGGCAGCACUUUGAUGCACAUUGCGUCACUCAAUGGCCACGCGGAUUGCGCCAUGAUGCUUUUCAAGAAAGGUGUCUACCUACACAUGCCCAACAAGGAUGGAGCGCGGAGUAUCCACACAGCGGCUCGUUAUGGCCAUGUUGGGAUCAUCAAUACGUUGUUGCAGAAAGGGGAAAGUGUUGAUGUCACGACCAAUGAUAACUACACAGCUCUCCAUAUUGCAGUUGAGUCGUGUAAACCAGCAGUGGUAGAAACUCUUUUAGGGUAUGGCGCAGACGUUCAUAUUCGAGGUGGAAAACAAAGAGAAACUCCUCUCCACAUAGCUGCUAGGAUACCUGAUGGAGACAAAUGCGCGCUGAUGUUGCUAAAGUCCGGGGCUGGCCCAAACAAGGCGACAGAAGAUGGCAUGACGCCUGUACAUGUCGCCGCCAAAUUUGGAAAUCUGGCAACGCUGGUCUUACUACUGGAAGACGGUGGAGACCCUUUGCGGAAAACUAAAACAGGAGAAACGCCUUUACAAAUGGCCUGUCGAAGCUGCAUGCCAGAUAUUGUGCGACACUUAAUAGAAUUCGUAAAAGACCACAAAGGAGAAAGCGUGUCUACGGCAUUUAUAGACGCAGUAGACGAGGAUGGAGCCAGCGCAUUGCAUUACGCUUGUAAAGUUACCAAAGAAGAAGUUAAAAUACCUACAGCAGAUAGACAGGUUGUCAAAUGCUUAAUAGAAAACGGCGCAGAUGUGUCUCUGCAAACAAGGCAUAACCACGAAACGGCUUUUCAUUAUUGCGCUAUUGCUGGUAAUAAUGACGUCAUGACUGAAAUGAUCGCGCAUAUCUCAACUGCGGACGUCAGCAGAGCGCUCAAUAGACAAAAUUCAAUAGGGUGGACGCCUCUUCUAAUAGCCUGUCACAGAGGACAUAUGCAACUCGUAAAUACAUUAUUAACAAACCACGCCCGAGUUGACGUAUUCGACGUCGAAGGCAGAUCCGCAUUGCAUUUGGCAGCUGAGCACGGAUACCUACAAGUAUGUGACGCACUACUAACAAAUAAAGCUUUCAUAAAUUCAAAAGCACGAAACGGCAGAACGGCUCUUCAUUUGGCAGCAAUGAACGGAUACGCACAUCUAGUCAAGUUUCUUAUUAGAGACCACAACGCUAUGAUAGACGUUCUAACCUUGAAAAAGCAAACUCCACUACAUUUGGCAGCUGCUAGUGGUCAGAUCGAAGUAUGUAAGCUUCUAUUAGAACUUGGUGCGAAUAUUGAUGCGACCGAUGAGCUCGGACAAAAACCGAUACACGCAGCUGCACAAAAUAACUAUUCAGAAGUCGUUCAAUUGUUUUUACAACAGCACCCCAACUUGGUAAUGGCAACAACUAAAGAUGGAAACACGUGCGCUCAUAUUGCAGCCAUACAAGGCUCUGUUAAAGUGAUCGAGGAAUUAAUGAAGUUCGAUAGGACUGGAGUUAUUUCAGCUCGAAAUAAACUGAAUGAUUCAACGCCUUUGCAACUAGCAGCGGAAGGUGGUCAUGCAGAUGUUGUAAGGGUGCUUGUGAGAGCCGGAGCAUCGUGUACUGAUGAAAACAGAGCCGGCCUCACUGCUGUACACUUGGCAGCAGAGCAUGGACACACUAAUGUAUUGGAUGUUAUGAGAUCAACGAAUACUUUAAGGAUAUCUAGCAAAAAGUUGGGAUUGACUCCAUUACAUAUUGCAGCGUAUUAUGGACAAGCUGAAACUGUAAGAGAACUUCUAUCUCACGUUCCCGGUACUGUGAAAUCUGAGGCUCCUACGGGAGUCUCAUUGGUCCCAGUAUUAGGAGCUGAAUCUGGUUUGACACCUCUCCAUUUGGCUGCAUAUAACGGUAACGAGAACGUGGUCCGAUUACUCCUCAACUCUGCCGGUGUCCAAGCGGAUGCAGCUAGUAACGAAAAUGGCUAUAAUCCAUUACAUCUAGCAUGUUUCGGAGGCCAUAUGUCCAUAGUAGGACUUCUAUUAAGUAGAUCAGCAGAACUACUACACAGUACUGACAGGCACGGAAAAACUGGUUUACACAUUGCAUCAACACACGGACAUUAUCAAAUGGUUGAGGUCUUGUUGGGUCAAGGAGCAGAAAUAAACGCUACCGAUAAAAACGGAUGGACACCAUUGCACUGUGCAGCAAAAGCUGGUCACUUGAACGUCGUGAAACUACUUUGUGAAUCCGGAGCAUCUCCAAAAAGUGAGACCAAUCUAAAUUGCGCCCCUAUAUGGUUCGCCGCUUCGGAAAACCACAACGACGUUCUUGAAUAUUUACUCCACAAAGAACACGAUACUCAGUCACUGAUGGACGACAAGAGGUUUGUCUACAACCUCAUGGUUUGUUCUAAGAACCACAAUAACAUUCCUAUAGAGGAAUUCGUUUUGGUAUCACCGGCGCCGGUCGACACGGCUGCCAAGUUAUCGAAUAUUUACAUCAAUUUAUCGACUAAGGAAAAGGAGCGUGCCAAAGACCUUAUAGCGGCAGGGAAACAAUGUGAGGCGAUGGCGACCGAACUGCUGGCUCUAGCGGCGGGGGCCGACUCUGCCGGACACAUACUCACUGCCACGGAUAACCGAAACAUUGAAUUCUUGGAUGUUCUAAUAGAAAACGAACAAAAAGAAGUAAUCGCCCACACAGUUGUCCAGAGAUAUCUUCAGGAACUCUGGAGAGGGAGUCUCAAAUGGACCGGCAUCAAAAUUAUGUUCCUUUUUUUCGCAUUUAUAGUCUGUCCACCAGUUUGGAUGGUGUUCUCUCUUCCCUUAGGUCAUAGAUAUCAUAAGAUUCCAAUAAUUAAGUUCAUGUCGUAUUUAACAGCGCACAUAUAUUUGAUGGUAUUAUUAGCAUUAGUAGCAAUCACACCUAUUUAUAAUUCGAUAUUUAGGGAUAGUUUAAUACCGCGUUGGUAUGAGUGGAUGCUGCUCAUAUCGUUGAGUGGUCUUUUAUUAUUAGAAUUAACGAAUCCUAGUGAUAAGUCAGGGUUAGGGUGGAUUAAAAUAGCAGUUUUGUUACUAGGUAUGAUCGGGGUGGCGACACACGUUGUGGGCUGGAUAUUCAUCCAACCUAAAUAUUGGCCAACUUUAAUGUAUUGUAGGAAUCAAUGCUUUGCUCUAUCUUUUCUAUUAGCUUGUGUCCAAAUUUUGGACUUCUUAUCCUUCCAUCAUCUGUUCGGUCCAUGGGCGAUAAUUAUAGGAGAUCUCAUGAAAGAUUUGGGCAGAUUUUUAGCAGUUUUAGCGAUUUUUGUAUUUGGAUUCUCGAUGCAUAUAGUAGCAUUGAAUCAGCCAUUCAGAAAUAUUAAUAAAAGUGAAGACAAUAAGUAUGCAAGCCAAGCCAGAAGAAAACUUUUCUCAGACGUCACAAUGAAUCCGCUGUUUUCGUUCGAGCUACUCUUCUUUGCGGUUUUCGGGCAGACAACUACAGAACAAACAAAGGUUCAUAGUAAGGAUAGUAACAUCCAGCCCGCUUGGACGAAUUACUUAUUCAAGAUAGUCUUUGGGAUCUAUAUGCUGGUGUCAGUAGUGGUUCUCAUCAACCUACUGAUCGCUAUGAUGUCAGACACCUACCAGCGGAUACAGGCGCAAUCCGACAUCGAAUGGAAGUAUGGCUUGUCAAAGUUGAUAAGAAAUAUGCACAGAACGAAUACGGCUCCGUCGCCCCUCAACUUGGUCACGACGUGGCUUAUGUGGUUGAUUGCCAGAUGUCGAGAACGGCUUACCAAAAAGAAGAGGCCAAGCUUAGUACACAUGAUUGGCUUGCAGAGGCAAGAUCAGUUGAGUGCGAGAUCGAAGGCCGGUGCUAAGUGGCUAUCCAAAGUCAAGAGAGGACAAGUUGUACCUAAAGACUCGACGAGACUAUCAGUAGUCCACUUAAGUCCUCUAGGUUCGCAGCUCAGUUUCAACAACGCAACGAGGAUAGAAAACGUAGUAGACUGGGAGAUUAUAGCGAAGAAGUAUAGAGCUCUGAUGAGGGAUGAGCCUGAGGAGUCCACAGCAAAGGAAAGCGAAACGGACUCAUCUGAUGAAGUAUCAGAAAUUAUCCCAAAUAACAUAGCCGCAGCUCCGCCUUGAAAUUACGGAAAACAGUUUUAGGGGUUUUAAAAGAAAUCAAAUAACUCUAAAGGUUAUUUGUGAGUUUUAAUUGAGAAGUUCUACAUGAAAAUUUUGUACCAAAGAAUUUUGAUUUCAAUACCUUCUCACUUUAGUGUUUUUGCAAAGAAUUUAGUGUUUGUAAAUUUUGUAUUUUGUUUCCAGUUCUUAAUAAAAUUGUAAGAUUUUUUAAGUAUUUUUAUAGGCAUAUCUGUACACUCGAAUUAUCUGUCUUUACGAGUAACUGCCAGGUCUGCCUUACUAGGUAAUAAAUAUAACUGAAAAAAUACGACGAAUUCUAAUAGAACGAAUUUUGUUGAUUGAAUUAAUUAUGGAGGACAGACAUUUUUAAUACAUUUUUAAUUCAGUUUUAACUUUUAUGUUCGAUCUCAAACAUAGUACAUAUAAUUUUUUCGCGAUUCUUCAUUCUUACCCAUUAAAUGAUGGCAACAUUGUGACGUCACUUUUCUAUUAUUACAAAGCAACUUGUAUGAACGCUCCUACACUUUUAGCUCUAUGGUCGGUCCUUCAGAAAGAUUCCAUAACUUAUUAAACACAUAUAGUCUAAAUUCAAUUCGAUGACAUGUUUUCAGAAACCACACACUUAGAAAAUUUAAUUUUAUUCAAAAAAUAUCACUUGGCAUCCACUUGAUUUUAUUUUUAUUGCAUUCAUAGGUAGUAGAGCGGUUGGCCCAACUGUUGUUAAUUGGUUACCGGAGCCCAUAGAUAUACUUAGUGAGUGUCAUCACUCAUCUUUGACAGGAGCUCGAAGUCCCAAUAUGUGGUAUAUUUAAAAAAAAAAUUAAUUUUAUUUACUAAAUAAUACACAAUUUAAAAAUUAGAGAUUGAAAAAAAAUGUCUUCUUCUCAGUCGUACACUCCUGGCGAGUGCUUGUGGUUAAGUAUUGUCUUUUUUUUUUCCUGCCUAUGCUGAUAGCCUUGAGAGGCUAUUUCAGCUUCUUGAUGUGUAUGUGAGUUCACGGGGUUCAAACUGGAGUGUUGCUAACACUGACCCUAGCAAGAGCAGUGCUUCGCAGAAUCGACCACCGGAUCGGAAACGCGACCCACUGAGAUCCGGCGAGAAACUCAGUGGGCUGUGUAUAUGGGUUAAUUUACUCGUCGAGCCCUUCGUCGCAAGCGACGCGUUUGGCCAGGACGGUGACCGGUGUUUGAGGUACCUAAAAUCACCGUUAAUGGAUCGCGAGGAUCCGUAAUGGCGUGUUUACGGCUGUCUUUAUUUCUUGGUUUCGGCUUUUAUAAGGCUUCUCCAUUCUCUCUAUUUGUGGCGGUGCGUGUUCAUUCAAUAAGGGAACACUUUGUAGAUAGCUUAAUAAAGUCUAUCCAUCUUGUGGGUGAUCGGCCGCGAGAGCGUUGACCGUCUACUCUUCCUUGAAACAUUAAUCGUUCCAAUGAGCUUUCGUUACGGAUGAUUUAUUCAAACAUAUUAAAGAUUCGCAAUUGCACAACCGAUAAAAGCCUUUGUUUGAUUUGGAGCUCUUUUAGGAUGGAAACAUUGGUACGGUGAGCAGUCCAUUUUAUCCUCAGCAAGCGUCUCCAGCACCACAUCUAAAGUGCAUCAAUCUUUUUACGACACUUUUGAUGGAUCGACCAUGUCGAAAAAAAUUGUCUAUAAUUUAAAUUAUUUUAAAAUUUUUGUAAUUUCUGUGGUUAUUUUACUAUCUGUUGUGUUUUUUUUAUUUAUUUUAGCAUCAUGUCUUAUAAAUAAUUUAUAGUUUCUUGAUAAUGCGCUUUACUAAAAAUUAACCUAUUCCCUUUUUAAUUUUUUAUGAUAAAAUUAAUUUAAAGAAAAAACUUGUGUCACAUUUUACGUUAAAAAACAGUUCCGAAUGACAAAUUCAUAUAUCCCAGAUAUUUUUUCUAGAUUUUUCAUAGUCAAUUACGCAACUUAUUUCAACAACAUCAAUCUUGGUUGACAACCUGUAUUCUUUGUAUAUGUUCAGACUAUUUUUUAAUACCAUAAAUAUAUAUCAUAGUUAAUAAAAAAACGUAUGUGUAUUUUAUGAUAAUGCAAAUAUAUGCUAUCCUCAAUGUUAGCAUUUUUAGUUUGUCUAGUCAUUAUACUGUAGUCAUAAGCAGUGCAUAACGAAUUAAAAAAAAAAAAAUCAGUGAAAGUUUAUUUUUACAAUGUAAUCAUAAUCUACAUUUACGAUUUAGUGUUAAGUAAACAUUACAUAGCUGUAACUAAUAAUAUUUUUAUAACUAGCAUAUUGUGUUUUUGUGUACUUAAAACAUUGUUUAAAAUAAAAUGAUGAUUUUUUUUUA